AUGAUGGACGCCCUCGUCGGCUUGCCCGCGCUAUCCUUCCUCCUCAUCCCCACCAUGACUUCAUACUCGACCUCACUGAACCUCCUCUUCUUCUACCUUACCUGGGCGACCCUUGUGUUGUCGCAUCCACCUCUACGCGUCGAGAUAGUCGCAACUCUCGCUGUCAGGGUCAUCUUUUACAUACUCCCCUCAGCGUUGUUCCUGCUUUUUGACGCCCUCCUUCCUUCCGCAGCCGAGGGUCUCAAAACACUGGGCGACUCGGCCCUGCCGUUCAAACAAGUAAGCCGCCAACGGGCCCUGCGAAUGCUGCGCGUGCUGGGCUGGUCGCUAUUCAACAUUCUUUUGGGCGUUCUUAUCCAAGCGCUGGUCGAGCUUCUCUUCACCCGCGUCUUGGUCAUUCGCUCCGCUCUCCGUGUGACGACGACCCUUCCGUUACCGUUCGGUAUCCUCAAAGACCUUGCCCGAGGCUACCUUGUACGCGAGGUCAUCACCUACACUCUGCACCGGUACACAUUACACGAGUCUCAUACGACUUUUGCCCGUGCUCACCAGGACUGGUACCAUUCGCUGCCCGCCCCUUUCCCAUUGGCAGCCAGCUACGAUCACCCUAGCGCUUACCUGGCCCGAUCGUUCAUCCCGACUUACCUCCCCGCCGUGAUCUUUCGUUUCCACCUCCUCACCUACGUCCUCUACCUGACGUUCGUCUCGCUCGAAGAAACCUUUGCAUAUAGCGGGUACUCGACGGUCCCGACAAACUUCAUCCUUGGCGGGAUUGCUCGACGUACAGACACCCACCUUCUGUGUGGUGGAGAGGGAAACUAUGGACCGUGGGGUCUCGUGGAUUGGAUUAUGGGUACAAGUGUCGGCGCAGACGUUAUUGAUGAUGUGGUGGCUGAAGCUGACAAGCACGACGUCCCUGCCAAAGUUGACAAGAUGAAGGACAAGGCCAAGAAGAAGGUCAAUGGCAAACUUGCCGAGGCCAAGAACGCAGGGCCCAGGCGGCGAACGAGGAAUCGAAGCGCCAGUUGA